ACCGAAAUAUCACUAUCGCACUAUUACUUUGAUAUUUUGAGGUGCAAURCUGUAUCCUUAUUGCAGCAACAACAACUGAUCCUUUGAAUUGGAAAUACGAAACAAAGACACAGCUCCCGCCAUGAAAUCUAUAGCCGUUGGUUUGAGCGCUUCCCUCUGGGCAGCGGCUGUUUUACAGCUCCACAGCGGUUGGAAUGUSCUAGAUGCCGAAGCCUUUGUUGUCAUCCCAUACUCGCACUCUUUGGAUCGCGGUGCCAAUAGCGUCGGUGUCGGGCGGAGAAGAAGCCCUUCCCRUUGCCGUAGAGCAACGACCGGCACUGUUGCCACGAACAGACACAAAAAKAGUCGUUUUUUCUCCACAACCGAAAACAGCAAGGACGAUGACAAGACGAGUACCAGUACUAUUUUGCAAGAACACAAAARCAACCUUUCUUCGACGAGAACGAACACAACACUGGAGUUUCCGCCGUUUUGCAAUCUCAUGGAUGUCAGACCGGGGGRUUUUGUUGCUUCCGAGGCCUUUGUGUGCUCUGCCCCAAUCGACGCCAGCAACGAUCAGAACGACUCAAACAAACCGCGGCAGCAUCGAUUUCGAGUCAAGCUGUUUCCCCGCGGUGGGGGMAGCGAUGGCACUGGAUCCCGUUCCAAACCCCAAGAGUCGGUCGGUUUGUAUUUGGAAUACCUGGGGCUUGGCGGCGAAGAYGACAGCCACAAGAGCGAGGAGGAGGAUUCCGAUUCCGUACAGGCUACGUUUGCCUUGCGACUCAAGGGCAGACAACAACAGCGGCGAUUYGACGUCGAAUGGAGGGCCGGCAUGAGCUUUGUGGAAAAUCCAGAGAACUCCGAUCUCAACCAGGGGGUUUCAACUGAAUUCGGGGCUCCUUUGAUGCAAACCGGUCUGUUUCAGGAGUUUUUGGGAAUCGCAAACAAGGACCAGGCAUACRGCGAUGAAAGACCCGUAAUGGUGGAGGCAGAGGUUGUGAUUCACGACAUCGCUGCGGAAAAUAUACUCUCCAAAGACUCAUCGUCAGCGGAUGCGAACAUCGAAGUCCAAGAAAAAGAGCCUUCGUCGCCGAUGUCGUCCUGGAACAAAGACAUUCGGCUCGUAGAGGAGGGCAACACGAACGAACACAAUACAGAAAGCGUCCGGGUUGGCAAGGUCGUGGUCCCCGUUUUGUCUCGAUUGAGCCAGCGACCCAAGAUGUUCGAACAGGGAGCCUAUCCGGGGGUCGAAUACCGGAUUUUGCGAAUCCUGGACCGAGACGGCCGGGAACGAUUUACGAGCUGCCCCGGAGCGGACUACGAACUCAAGCCCGUCUACCCCCUGGUGGCACAACUCGAGCGACCGUGGCCCGUUCGAGUGAAUGAGCGCGACAUUCCAAAACUUUUCACGCCCUCCAUGUACAACCUGCUUUCCGCCUUUGGGUCCCUGUUUACGGCGGCCAGCGGACUUUUUGUGGCAUUUCUGCUCUCCCAGGCCAUCUCCCUGUUUUUUAUCCCAUCCAAGUCGAUGGAUCCCACCCUGAAAGUGGGAGAUGUUUUGCUGGUGGAUAAGGUUUCUUCUCGGACGCCUUUUCGAAAGAACGAGGUCGGAGACAUGGUUUUGUUUUCCCCCCCAAGCAGACUGCAAGAGAUCGUUGCCAAGAAUGGUGGCAAUCUUAGCAGCCGGGAUUUGUUUGUCAAGAGAAUUGCUGCCUCUCCCGGAGACAGAGUCACCGUCUACAAGGACGGGAAAGUCGAYGUCAAUGGCCAGGACGUUGUUGCCGGACGCCGCGAUUUGUGCGAAGCUGAACCCCUGCGGCUGAUCGARAAAUAUAUCGAACCCAGAGAAGACAAAAUAAUUGACCAAAAAGAAGUAUUUGUAAUGGGAGAUUGUAGCUCAGUUUCGGUCGACUCGAGAGUAUGGGGCUCACUCGAAGCUGAAAAUAUUGUCGGCCGUCCAAUUGUCCGGAUCUGGCCUUUGGACCGUUUUGGAAAGGUUGAGUAAGUUAGUACGGUAGUAGUUUGUAGGUAUUUCUUUUUUUA